CGGUUUUAGUGGAGGCCGAGGGCCCGGCCGAUGGCAGCGCCUCCCAUUGGCUGCUGAGCCGGCUCUUCGCUGAUUGGCUGAGGCGCUCGGCUGCGCUCUUGGAGAGCCCCCAUUGGCGCUGCGUUCCAAGGACCCGAGAGUGGCCGCCCGGCCUCUGCAAACUACCUCGGGUAAAGGUGCUCUCGCUCCCGCAGCUACUUUGCCACGCUUAUUCUUAGCCGGAAUCCUAACUUACCACAACCCUCCUCUUGCUGUUGCCGAGCCACCUUCGGCUUUUCCCUCUGAUUCUUUUUCUGUUGUUGCUUUUCUUUUUCCUGCUUCUCCAGCUACCAUUUCGUAACUCCGUUUUCCUAAGAUACUCUGUGGUCCCCCCAUCCCAGGCAUCCCCACUUGCCAGCUUCUAACUUCUGCUCCUCCCUGAUCUCAGUUCCCUUGUCAACGGGGCCUUGUUGCCAUACCCUACUACACUCCUCUUUCUUUCCUUUUGCUACCUUCUGAUCCCCAAACUCCCUCUAACCUCACUUGACUUCUUGACAUUUGACCCAGACACUUUAGCUCUCUUAAAUUUCUACCUGUUGCAGCCUGGGCUUCAAAAAGCCAGGUGUUGUCCUGAUAUCCAUCCCUGCUUUCUGAAGCUGUUUCUACCUUUACCAUGGACUUCUUAAUGAGUGGUGUGGCAGCCUGUGGGGCCUGUGUGUUCACCAAUCCCCUGGAGGUUGUGAAGACCAGAAUGCAAUUGCAGGGAGAACUGCAGGCCCCAGGCACCUACCAGCGCCACUACCGAAACGUCUUCCACGCCUUCUUCACCAUUGGCAAGGUGGAUGGCCUAGCUGCCCUGCAGAAGGGCCUGGGCCCUGCGCUCUUGUACCAGUUCUUGAUGAAUGGCAUCCGACUGGGCACCUACGGGCUGGCAGAGUCUCGGGGUUACCUGCACACUAAUGAAGGCACCCACAGUCCUGUCCGCAGCGCCGCAGCUGGGGCCCUUGCUGGGGUCAUGGGAGCGUAUCUGGGAAGCCCAAUCUACAUGGUGAAGACACACCUACAGGCACAGGCAGCCUCUGAAAUUGCUGUAGGGCACCAGUAUAAGCAUCAGGGCAUGUUUCAGGCACUAACCGAGAUUGGCCAGAAACAUGGUCUAGUGGGGUUGUGGCGUGGGGCCGUGGGCGGCCUGCCCAGAGUUGUCAUCGGCUCCUCUACCCAGCUGUGCACCUUCUCAUCUAUCAAGGACCUCUUGAGCCAGUGGGAGAUCUUCCCUCCCCAGAGCUGGAAGGUGGCUCUGGCUGCUGCCAUGGUGAGUGGUGUCGCCAUAGUUGUGGCAAUGACACCCUUUGAUGUAGCCAGCACAAGACUUUAUAACCAACCCACUGAUACUCGAGGCAAGGGCCUCAUGUACCGGGGGAUCUUGGACGCUCUGCUGCAGACAGCGCGGACAGAGGGCUUUUUUGGCAUGUACAAGGGUAUAGGUGCCUCCUAUUUUCGCCUCGGCCCCCACACUAUUCUCUCCCUCUUCUUCUGGGAUCAGCUGCGCUCCUUUUACAACACAUACGCUAAAUAACAAUCACUCUCUUGUAACUCCAAAUCAACACUCUUUGGGCACCUCUGCCUCUACUUCCUACCACAGUGACUGCUGAUAGAUUGACCUCUCAAUGCCCCUAAGGGGGACAGCCAUGCCUACUCCUCUGUUCUCCUAGGGUUGAGUCACUGAGUGGGUCUUGCUUUAAAGUUUUCCACAAAUCCCCCCGAUAUAUUUCAUACCCAUCUCAGGGUUGAAUAAGUCACUCCAAAGUAUAUUUCUACUGCCAUUCUUGGGUCCCCUCCCCCUCCCUGCUCCUAUACACAGCUUUAAACUCCCCCUUCCAAGACCAAAGGGAACUGGGGAGACCCUGGUGUCCUCAUAGAUUUGAAGCCACAGAAAUUAUGUUCUUCAUAAAGCAAGUUUAUUUCUGCA